UAUUUCAUAUAUACAAAUUAGAAGUGAAACUGAGAGUCUGCGAGUGUUCUUUCUGAACAGUGCGGUUUCUAAGUUUCCAUGGUGACUCCUUAAAGCGAUGCACACCAGCGGCAUGGACAAAGUGUUCUUUCACAGCUAUUCUCCUUUCGAUUUCACCCCGUCGUGGUUUAAGGUGGAGCUAGAAGAUGGGGAAGACCAAAAUGAACCAGAAAAGGAUGAAACUGUGAAAAGGGGAGUUCACUGGACAACUAACGGAUUCUUAAUGUUUUGCCAUAGACAUUUCGAGAUUGUACGGGAACGAUAUCCGCACUUGGAUAAUGGCAACAUAACUAUGGUCUUACAAGACUGGUGGUCAAAACUAGAACCAAGGGAAAGGGCAUCCUACACAGAAAUGGCAAAGCAGUACGAAGAAACAAUUAUGAACGGACAACCAAAUAUUCCACAUUUAAAGACGUCUUCAGACACAGUUAGUUCUAAGUCUUUGAACAAGAGAGCAUUGAAGCUAGAAUUAUACAGAAAACCUUGUUCUGGUGAAGCUGAUUGUACGCCUAAUAGAGGAGUAACACAAUCCCCACUGACACCUGAGACUCCAACAACACCUCUCACAGUAGCGUCUCCCAAUGGCCACUUAAGUUUCUCUAAACCUCCUAAGAAACGGUAUGUUCAAAAUGGAGCUUUCAAACCAGCAGUUGAAUCUGACCAGGACCAAUUAUCUGCCGACCCUCAAACAUCAAGUGCUUGCUCAGCGUUACUGGAAUUAGCUGAGGGUUGUAUUCCUGCAGCGUCUAGACAGUACAAUAAAAUACCUAAAUCAUCUGACCACCAUUCUAGGGAAAUGUUUAGUAGAGAUUAUUCUAAUCAUCCCUAUGGCUUAUCUAGAGGUGUGGAUAAGAUUUGUGUACUCCAGAAAAGACAGACAAAUACUUUGAUGCCAAUGAUGGAAAUUGACAUUGCCAGUCGUAUUAUAGACCAUGCAUUCAGUGACAAAAAACAAUCUUUAAUGUCAUCUAACACUGUUAGAAAAAUGUUACCCCAAUCACCCAUAAAGGAUUGUAUUUCCAUCUCUUCCUAUCAAACACUCCAUUCUCCUUCAGGUCCAACUAGCAAAUCCAGUAUGAGUGUGCUUGCUGAGGAGCCACUUAAUUUGUGCAAAAGAAAGUCCAAAACAUUUCAAACAAGUCAACAAAAGAUUAUAAAUCAUGUUGUGGACAAGUUUUUAUGUGGACCCUUUGGAAGUGCUGGAAACGACUGUUUAGCUGACUCCAUCAUUGGAAAAUGGCAAAACCAAUCUCAGAAUUCUACUCUUAUCAACACCAAGGAAAAUGAAAACUGCCAAAACAUGGCAGUUAAACAAACUGGAGGUGUAAAUGAUUCAUCCAGUAUUCAGGUUAAACCUAAAAGUCCUACUCAUUUAGCAUCAGUUUCUUCAGAAAAAGAUAACAUCACACAUUUGCCUUCUAGGCUUAGUGGAAUGGAUAAAUCUGAUGAUGAUGUUUCAUCUAUUUCUAGUGGGCUUGGUAGUUGUGAAGAAGUACAUGUAGAUAGGUGUGACAAAAAGAAACAAAACUCAGGACAAAGCAAUGGCCACGAGGAAGAUUUUAAAGAUAAUGCAGCACAUAUUGUUGUAGAGAAAAAUUAUCCAGCACAGCAAAGAACCAUAGAAGAAGAUUAUGAGGCAUCUUCAGUUGCUUUAAAUACAAUUUCUUCUGAAGAAUAUUUACAUCCUCCAUCAGAGAGUGAUUGUAAAGAAAGCCACACUGUCAUUCAACACAAAGUAUCAACCAUUACAGACAGUGAAACCAAAUUAGGUGUUACAAGUGUUUGGUCAAAAAAAGGUACAACUAGUGAUAGUUUGCCUAACAAUAGGACUAUUUGUGGUGUUGACUGUAGUUCUGAAUUGAAACUUGCAAAUAUUAAUGAAACACUUUUCCCUAAUUCUUGCCUUGAGCAAGAGAGUGAAAACAAAAACUUGACUAGCAAAACAUCGGUGACACAAAUGUGCUGCUUGUCCCCCAAAUCCCUAACCAACAUUGAUUCAGAAAUAUACAAAAACAACGAGGAAGAACUCUCGGUUAUAAAUGCUCGAAAACGCAAUGUAUCAGAUAUUUCAGAUGAAACAGACACAGAAAAGCCAGAAGAAUUAGAAAAAGACUUUGGGAAUGAUUCUGAUUUAAAACAAAACAGAACCUUUACAACACAGAAUGACCAUAGUGAUUUGCCAUCUAAUAUAAAAAAAAGGAAGUGUUUCAGUGCUGGGCAAGAACUACAAGAUGGAGUGACAGAUUCUUCAAAUUCUGCUUGUAGUUUAUCUGAUCAAGCACUAAAAGACAACACCUGUGCAAUGAACCAAAAUGAAUCCAGCAAUGAGCAAGAAAAUAUCAAAGAUGAUAUUCAGUCUACCAGCAAAUCAAAUACUAGUGAAGAUUCACAGUCUCAGCAGAAUCAUCAUAAAGACUUAGAACAGCAAAAUGAUGGUCAGUCAAAAACACAGAGUGCUGAUUUAUCAGUGUUAGCUGACUCGUGUACAUUUUAUAAUGAGGAUGAAACACAAUAUCCAAAUAGUGAAAACAAUAACAGUGAAGUGACAUGAUCUUGAGAAGAAGAGAUCUAAAGCCAGUUUCAUCAAUCUUUCAUCACUGAUACAGA